UUCCAUUUCUUGAAAAACUCCUCCAUUGUAGAAGACCCUCUAGGGGCUAUUGGAAAAUGUCAACAAAUGCACAUGUUUGAUAGACCGAGAUACACACCGGCAUACUGUAAACACGUUGUAUGGUGCUUAUUAUUGUUUUAAAGACCAAGGAAUUCUAAACCAAGAUGUAAGUUGGGCGUGGUUAACAAAGACACUUAAUCAGUUAAAAAGAUGAUGGACUUGGGUAACCAUGGAAACAAUGCCAACAUGACACUGGUCAAGCUGAAUCUGGAGGGGUUUGAUGAUGAUGCGUCAAAAGAGGGAAUCGCAGUCGAAUCUUCGUUUGCAUCAGGAGAAAAUAGUCUAGUUAUGACCCCUACCAUGUCGGAUCUACCCACAGUGGGGCUACAACAGACUACAGAAGUGGAGGGCGUGGCACCAACAGAGAAAAAGAAAGGUGGUUGGCCAAAAGGAAAAAAAAGGAAAAAGAUGAGAGACUCCAACGCUCCGAAGCCGGCACUAAACGGCUACCUACACUUCCUGAACGAGAGGCGGGAAAUCUUACGCAGAGAGAAUCCAACCAUGGCCUUCGCCGAAAUGAUCCGGGUUCUGGGAGCCGAGUGGACCAAAUUACCGCAACACGAGAAACAGAGAUUUCUGGAUGAAGCAGAAAAGGACAAGGAGCGUUAUAACAGAGAGAUGGAGGCCUACCAGAAAACCGAGGCAUUUAAACUCUUCAAGGCACAGAAAGAGAAGAAAAUGAAAGAAAUGGAAGCCCAGAGUAGUUCUUUAGAGUUGAUGGGGGAGAGAGAGGAGGAUGAGAAAGGAGCCUUUGACAUUCCAAUCUUCACCGAGGAAUUCCUGGACCAUAAUAAAGCUCGUGAAGGAGAACUGAGACAGCUGAGAAAGCAAACCACAGAGCUGGAGGAACAGAACGCAAUCCUGAGUAAGCACAUUGAGAGCAUGAAGCACGCAAUCGAGAAACUCGAGAUAGAGGCUGUGCAACAACGCAGCACAAACAUGGCGCUACAAGGUCACCUUGACAACCUCCGAACCACGCUUACCGACAACUUUAACUCUGUGCCAUUACCAGGCACCAGUGAGCUUCCUACCCUGGACACAAUAGACAACUACAUGGCCAAGCUCCACAACCUGAUCCUGGACUCCCCCCAGGACCAUCAGGCCCUCAUAUCCAUGGUCAGGGACGUGAUUGGUCGGCUAAAUAUAGACCAGGAUAAGAUGUGAGGGGAGAGAUGCUCAGACCUAUUCUAAGUGUUGUCGCUGAAAACAACACAACUGUUAUAUAUGUUGUAUUUGAUCUAUGUGCUUAAUAAAACAUGAAACAACA